UGUAAAUCAUUUCCUCCAUUCGGUAAUUGUCGAAGUGUCUCUUGUUUUUCCGUCGUUGUUUACACUUUACUGACAUAGUGACAUUCGGUUGAACUUGAUGAAAUUGAUCAAAGUGUACUGAUUCCAAGACUUGUCAGAUCAGAUGAAACUGCACUGAGUGGACUGAUUUUCCUUUUAUGCAGGACACUUUCAGGAAGAGGUUGUUGAGUGCUCACUGCUCACGGUUGAGUCUUUGACUGGCUAUUGAAAAACAGUUAUUACAGCGUUACUGUUGUUGUUUUUGUCCAGUCCGACGUUGUGUUUAUUUUCGGCUUGGGAAAAUGGCCAGAAAUUCUCCUUCAGCGUCUUUUGGUGCUCCUUCAGCUGCUUCUAAAUCUCCGACAGCUGCUAUUGCAACACUCCAGGAAGCUCAGUUCACCAAACCUCUCAUCACCUUGGGUAAUAGACUCUCGGAGUUUAACGGAAAUUCUCUGCCUCCACAGUCGCAGGCUGCGCAGCUGUGCCGUAUACUGGCCGACGUUUUGCCAGAGAUUCAACAGUUGAAGACCAACAUGACCAAAUGGCAUCAGGCUAUCGACGACAUUCCCGGAAUCCAGCGUAAUACAGCGCAGCAGAUGGAGCGGCUCGAUAACCUGAAUUAUGCUGUAACGCGACGGUAUGAGCUCCUGCAGCGACACCGAAAUCUCGUCCCUGAUGGACUGGGCGAGCGUGCGGGAAGGAGUGGGAAUAACGCUGGCAAAGCCUGGAAGCCUGCUCCCAGUAUGCCGAAAAGAUAGUCCCCCGGAAAGCCUUACACUGGUGUUAAUUUCGUUUUUUAAAUUUUCCAGUUCCAGAUUAGAUGUGUCAUAUUUGUUGAUUUCUUCGACUCUUUUGUUGUUACUUAUUAAAAAUGAAGAUUACAAUUCCUGUAAAAAGUAGACAUUUGCUCUUUGUUAAAUUCUUGUUAAACAUUGUUCACUUCUGUAUUAUGAGCAAGUUACAUUUUCAAAGAAUAUUGCAUUUUGUUUGCAAUGCAGCUGCUGUUUGUUCCUUUGGUAAA